UGCCAGACUCCGUAGCGAGAGCGUGUGUCGUUUCGGCUCGUGCGUCGAAAUAUGCUGUGUUCUUGUUGGGUGCCUAUACACAGCGUAGAUCUUUAUAGAUCGAGUGAUCUUUUAGAAAACUAACAUUUCGUGGAAAAUACAGAAAUUGAUUUAAUGCCGUGCUACCACAGAUCACGUAAAGUAGUAAAACAUUAAAGGGUGAAAGAAUCUGAAAAAUAAUAAUAAUAAGAUAAGGAAAAAAAAAAAGAAAAUUAAGUAAUACACACUAGACUCAAUUUUAUAUCUAAAAUCAACAAUUAACGAUAUACACAGAUAGAUAAAAAAUAUAGUCGAAAAUAUAGAAAAAAGUGUUAAAAAAAGAAGCUCUUCCGAAACGGGCCAUGGUCAUUAUAGCGCAGGGGUGAAAGUCAGGUCAGGUCAGCCGUGAGAGAUGGAGAGGCUGCCCAUCCCUGCACAGGAGAGCAUGGACGUGGCCAACGUAGCCGCCCACGCCACGCCCCCUUCUUGUAGGACCCGCCCCUAUUCGCUGUGGAUCUUCGUUCUUGUCGCUGUUAACCUCUUCGUUGCAGCUGAGUGCCACAUCCGAGGCGGACAUGGACCCCACAUGGAUGUACAUCGGGGGACCGUAUCCCCACCCCCCUCCCCCCAGUUCGACCCCAGCCACUCGGCAGACGUCACGGCACUCGCUGGCACCACAGCCAUCCUCAACUGCCGCGUCCACAACAUCAAGAACCAUACGGUAUCGUGGAUCCGUCAUCGGGAUAUUCACCUGCUGACCGUCGGGAGUUACACCUACACUUCUGACCAGCGAUUCCGUGCCCUCCACAUGGACGAUUCUGAUGACUGGGUUCUCAAGAUCAAAUUUGUUCAGAUCCGAGACUCCGGUAUCUACGAGUGCCAGAUUUCGACCACGCCGCCAGUGUCGCAUUUCAUUCGUCUUAAAGUUGUCAAACCGUACACACACGUUCUCGGUGGACCAGACAUGUACAUCAACAAAGGCUUACGAUCAACCCCACCUGCGUGGCGAAUUUUCCCCCCCAACCCCCAGAUUUAUAUUAUCAGCUAUGACUCAGACCGCGGGGGCGUGACAGUCAUCAUCGAAAAGGGUGACGUCACGACCAGUUCCCUGCUGAUCCAGGACGCCCGACCAGCUGACUCCGGCCGCUAUGACUGCAACCCGUCAAACGCCUCACCGGCCAAUCUGACUGUGCACGUGCUCAAUGGAGAACACCCGGCAGCCAUGCAGCAUGGAGGACAAGGCACCUACACGUCCUCCUCCCUCAGGAACAUCCUCUCGCUCCUCUCGGUCCUCGCCGCCCUCCAUAGAGUCCUUCAGUAGGCUCAUUCUCUUACCCCUCACCCCCCACCAGCCGGAGUAGGAUCCAGUCUCGGUUUGGAUUCCUUGCGCUUUCCGUUGCGUCUCUCUCUCCUUCAGAUCCUUCGUCGGUUAUUCGCACUGUCGUUCCCCGAGGAUCUCCGCAACAGGCGCUCCUGAAGGACUUCUUCGCGGGGAUCUCUCAGAGCAGGCUCAUACUCGGCUCUCUCUGGAUAUUCCACCGGAGCUAUAAUAGCCCCCUCCUCACAACACCCCCCUUCCAUGUCCGUUUCCACCUCCCACUACAUCACAUACCCAUUCCAUCCCUUCUAUCCCCCACAUACUCCUCACAUCAUAUACCCCUUCCCCACCCCGGUCCCCACUCCCACAGUCCGUGUAAUGGUCCUCGUUUGGGGUCUUAAUGAGAGACAAGGUUGCAACUCGCUGUAAAUACAGCCUUUAUUUCGUUUUUUUCCUUCUCUUGUUUGAACCGUUAAGUCUCAAAGGCGAAAUUCAGAAGAGUUGGAUCCAAUUAAUUACUUAUUCUUCCACGUGUAAACUGAUAUUGUAAGCAGUGUUAUAAUUUACAGUGCGAAAAGGAUUUUUGUGAGUAUACAUAUACAAGUGUUUAUAUAUCAUUCAUUGAAUAGGUGACUGUAACUCCUAUAAAUCCAAGGACUAUAAUGAAAACAAUAAAAAAGAGUUACAGAUUAUUUAAAUGUAAAUAACAAAUACCUAAAAUGUGUACCUUUGUUAUGGAAAAAAUGCUUUAUAGGAAAAAGGAGUAAUUUGCAUUUCUGAAGGACAAUUAUUAGAGAGAAAUAACUUUUAUGUAUUCCAAAUGCACUUCUGUGCAUUUGCAAUAGCAUUCGCUAGGGAUAUUAUUUUCAUCAAGGUUGUUAGAUAAAUUCCGCUAAAAAUGCACAAAGAAAUAAAGAAGGGUAACAGUAAGCACAUGUUUUUAAAGAACGAAAUCUCGGUCAUUCUCUUCUAGGAAUGCACUGUAAAAUGCUAGUUCAUUACCUAGCAGAAAGGUACUUCACACACGACAUUGCCUCCUAUGUGGACAUUUAAAUCGUGAUUGUCACAUCAAGCUUAGCUACUUUAACAAAAUAUUUCGUCUGUCUGGGAAUCCACGUUUGAAGGGGAACGGUCUAAGAGAGAAUAUUAGAUUGAUAAAUUUGUUUAUGAUUGGAUGAGGCUCUAAGUAGGAAAAAAGGGUGCUUGUGCUUCUUUAAGUACAUUUGUAUGUGUGAACAUGUAUACGCAG